AUGUCCGAACAACGCCUCGUCUUCCACCCAAGACACUCCCUGGCCUUCCCCACAGAUUUCAUCUACAACGCAGUCAAGAUCGACGAUGCAGGUGACGCCCUCGAAGCCGUCUGCCGCAUCCUCAGCGGCGAGGCCAAGGUUCACGCAAGCCGUGACACGAGCUCGCAAACCCUCGACCAGGCAACGUACCUCGUCGGCUGGCACGACGCGAUCCACUCUCUCCGAAACUUCAUCCUCGCCCGAAGAGACUUCCACAUGAAUAAGAACACGCACAUCCACGGCGUACCCAUGUGCAUGUCGCUUCCGCCCACGGCCACUAUUCCGGAGGCCGCGGUUCUAGUCGCCAGCCGGGGCACCGCGUCGGUCUUCAACAUCCCCGAAGUCCCGCUCUUUGCCCCCAACGGAGCCGAGAAGCAGGCUGACGACGGCUUCAUCGUCGUCAGCUCCUCGUCCGCCACCCCCUUCAACACGCCCACGACAAGCUCUUUCCUCCAGAACUCCUCGUCUGGGCCCACUGCUCAAGACUCCCAACUCCAGACCUCCAACAUCCUCGCCGGCAUGGACACCAAGACCAUCCUCAUGAACUACGAGCGCGAGGCCCGCGACUCGGAGCAAAGAAUCGCCACGGAGAUGGCUAAGAUGAGCCUGAUGCGCCAGGCCAUCUUCAAAGACCGCUUCUUCGGUGACGUGCCAUCAUUCCUAGACAACGGCGGCUCUGUCAACAAGAAGCAGCAGGCCCGCGCCGUCGACGCCGUCGACCAGAUCUUCCGCAGGUGGAGAGGUGGACAGAUGCCGCCAACAACCCGACCUUCUCACACGGAGCCAGCCGUCAGGAACCUUGGUCUCUUUGGCGGAGCAUUGCGCAAUCUGCAGAACAGACCGAUAGUACCUCAGUCGCCCGGCAACGCGGGAACCAUCGGGGGUCCCCCCUUUUUCAGUCCGUCUCAGCUCAACAAUACCAGCCAAGCUCCUCCUCGGAGCCAGCCAUCCCUCUUCAACUAUGCCUCGAUGCAGUCCACUGCACCGAGAAGCCAGCCCAACCCGACGCCACCCGCUCCGCUCCAAGAAUGGCAGCUCGACCAGCUUCUGCAGGAUCGGAACGACACACGCGACCUGAAGGAGCUGUGGCAGUCGUACCAGCCAGGCCCCUCCUUCAUCGAGCGUAACGGGGUGCUUCUCCCUCCCCCUGACGCAACGCCCUCUGCUGGAUCUUCCAAGUCUGUCGGAUCCUCAGGCCCGCCCCAGACCUUUGGGAGGCGCCUGGGGUCCUGCGCUAUAUCUCAUGGUGGCCAGCGUCAGUCCCGCAGUGAGCCCUUAGCGCGCAGCAGCAUAUUCCACAUCACCCAUUCCACACCCUCUACUAUUCCAACCUCAACCCAGGGUACGCUUUCUCAUACACCUCGCCAGCAGCCAGCUUCCUCCAGUUCUUCCAUGGUCCCGUCGCAAGAUGUCUCCGAACGCGAGAUGGAAGCAAUGUACCGCGAGGGCGACCGCCUCCUUGACCUCGACGCCGGCAGCCGCACAACUGCCGACAGAUCCACCCGCCGUAGCCAGGUCGAACUCGCCCACCAAGUUGCCCGAGACCUCCGCGCCCGCGUGCGUGCUCGCAGGGCAAGGGAGCAGGCGCAGACGUACACCCCGGAAAGCAGCGAUUCCCUCAUGACCGCGCCGUCACCGACGUCUAGCUCCACGGAGCCCGCAGAGCUGGACGCAUUCGGCACGGAGCUUGCCCCAAGGGCUGCUGCUCCUACGCCUCCCAGCCGGCCUUCUCUCUUCGAAAAAGCUCUCAGCCCGGAGGAGUACAACCCAGCACCAGUCCGGGGGGGUCCUGCUUCCGGCCGCGGGGGCCUCUUUGGGGAAGCUCUCUACAACCCAGCACCAGCCCGGGGCAACGCCACAGACAACACCUCCAUUCCAAAGGCCGCCGCCCCUGCUCCCGGCCGAAGCGGCGUCUUUGGGGAUUCGGCUCGCAUGCCUUAUGCCGGAGGUGGUCUCUUCGGUACCAGUCCGGCGCCGUCUCAGCAAGCUCCAGGUCCGUCCGGCAUGUUCGGCUCACAGCUUUCAUACCACAGCACCAGGGAAGAGUCAUCUCGCAGGUCUACAGACGAGGAAGAGGACCCGUAA